AUGCUGGACAUCAACGGGUUCAGGGAGGAGAAGGGCGGAGACCCUGAGAAGGUGCGAGAGUCGCAGAGAAGGAGGCACAAGGACGUGCAGAUCGUUGACAAGGUCAUCGAGGCCGAUGUCCAAUGGCGCCAACUUCAGUUCAAGGUUGACAACUUGAGGGGGGACUAUGGCAAAGUCAACAAGGAAGUGGCGAUGAAGAAGAAGGCGGGAGAGAACGCAGAUGAACUCAUUGCCAAAGCGAAAGAGAUCGAUGCCGAGAUCAAGGCAGCCGAGGAGCUUUGCAACAAGUGCAUGGCUGAGAGAGAUGAAAUGUUGUGCAAGAUUGGCAACUUGGUGCCUGAUUCGGUGCCCGUCAGCGACGACGAGGACAACAAUGCCAUCAUUCGCACCUUCGCUCUCGAGAAGGUUCUGCAGACCGAGAGUGUUCCUGAGUUCAAGAUCGUCAAGGAGCUUGAUGCUGCCGCCUCGAAGCACGAGGGCAAGCUUAGUCACGUGGAUCUCGUCCCCAUGCUCGGACUAGCGGACACGGAGCGAGGGGCUGCCAUUGCCGGAAACAGAGGCUACUUCCUCGUUGGUGAUGGCGUCUUGCUCAAUCAGGCGCUCAUCAGCUACGGUCUUGCGUUCCUCUGCCCCCGCGGAUAUGUUCCCAUCCAGACUCCAUUCUUCAUGCAGAAAGAUGCCAUGGCGGCGGUGGCCCAGCUCGCGCAAUUCGAUGAGGAGUUGUACAAAGUCAGCGGCGAGGGCGACGACAAAUACCUCAUCGCCACCUCGGAACAGCCGAUCUGCGCUUACCACCGAAAUCUGUGGGUUGAUCCCAAGGAGCUGCCAAGAAAGUACGUGGGUAUCUCCACAUGCUUCAGAAAGGAGGUUGGCUCCCACGGGCGUGACACGCUCGGCAUCUUCCGCGUGCAUCAGUUCGAGAAGAUUGAGCAGUUUUGCGUGACGUCACCAGAGGACAACAAGUCGUGGGAGAUGCUAGAAGAGAUGAUCGGAACGUCAGAAGAAUUCUACAAGUCCCUUGGGAUCCCUUAUCGUGUUGUCGCUAUCGUUUCUGGUGCUUUGAAUGACGCGGCAGCCAAGAAGUACGAUCUUGAAGCGUGGUUCCCUGGCUCCGGAGCAUAUCGUGAAUUGGUCAGCUGCUCCAACUGCACUGACUAUCAGGCUCGACGUGUCGAGACUCGCUUUGGUGCCUCUGCUGCUCAGAAGAAGCAGAGCUACGUUCAUAUGCUCAACUCGACGCUGACGGCGACUGAAAGAACUCUGUGCUGCCUGGUCGAGAACUAUCAGACGGAAGACGGGAUGAACGUCCCUGAGGUGCUUCAGCCAUUCAUGGGCGGCAAGAAGUUCAUUCCAUUCGUGAACCCGAAACCUGUUGAAAAGAAGGACAAGAAGAAGUGA